CGAAGGCUUGUGCUCUUGCCAGUCUUCACACGGCUUACGAAGAGUCGGAGGAGGACUCCAUUGUUCCAGCGUGGAAGAUUAAUUGCAAAAGACGCAAAAAUGCAAAUCUAAAGAUGGCGUUGGCUACGUUAUGGCACAUGGAGCUUCUUAUUACGUUUUUGUUAGGAGUACUUCCUCUUUUCUCACAGAGUCAAAAUAGCAAAGUGGGCAUCGAACCGGUGUAUACAUUCACAUUGGUCAGCGUUCCAACAGUGCCCCGUUUGGGACCAGACCCAACGCCUGCACUGAUUGGAGCCAACCUUACUCUUAUAACGUCACCAAAAUACGACAUCACACGGCUACUAGCUGUACCAGUGAAUAUCGUUAAACUUCAUCGCAAACAUACAAAUAACCAGAUUCAGGAUGAGUUGAACCCAGAAGUCGUCACGAAUUCAGGAGUUGUCCGUGGUUUUCGACAAACUGUUAUAGGACGAGGUAUUGACACCUUCCUAGGAAUACCUUUUGCAGAGCCGCCCAUAGGCAACAAACGAUUUCGACGACCCUCACGUGUAAGACGCUGGUCCGGAAUACUCGACGCUCUUGAAUUUGGUCACCCCUGCUACCAGCUCAACUAUACCACUAAUUGGCAAUGGGUACUCCCGAAGAAACCCCAGAGUGAGGACUGUCUAACAUUAAACAUCUGGACGCCCAGCCCACCUCAUACGGGUGAUUUUGAUGAAAACACCGAUGGCUGCGGACACAAUUAUCACAGCAGGGAACCAGUUCAUCGAGAAGAAGAAUCUAGUGGCAAUGGGAUCACGUUUAGGAAAAGGAUUGGAUCAGAUUCAACUGAUAAAAGCAGGCGCAGGCGCUAUUGUUCGGCACUGAAGACGGUCUUGGUGUUUAUCUAUGGUGGGGGUUUUAACAUCGGCUCUACCGACUGGGAGUUCUACGAUGGUCGGAUGCUAGCAGCGCGUGGUGACAUUGUCGUGGCCAGUAUGAACUAUCGGCUAGGACCACUUGGUUUCCUGAAUGCCAACAUUCGGGAUGUUCCCGGAAACAUGGGACUCUACGAUCAACAAAUGGCCAUAAGGUGGAUAUACGAGAAUAUUCGGUACUUUGGAGGCGACCCAAGCAAAAUAGUAUUGAUGGGUGAGUCUGCAGGAGCGGUCUCUGUUGGACUGCAUCUCAUUUCACCAAUGAGCAGAUACAUGAUUAGGAGAGUCAUUAUGCAUUCGGGCAGCCCCUUAUGGGAUACACCAGACAACACUAUCGACGGACCAAAAAAGGCGAACGAAUUUGCUGAAAUCUUUGGUUGUGCCAAUCGUACGCGUAACUUCAAUACUGAUCGCGACUCUGUUCUUCAAUGCUUAACAGAAGUCAAUGCCGAAGAAAUGUAUACUAAGUCCUUUGAGCUUCUAGGCAAGCGUGUACUGACCUACCAUCCUCGUUAUGGCGACCAAUUUCUGCCGCUCCGACCUAAAGACGCCAUGCGCCAAGGUUUUUUCAAAGACGUCGACGUUUUCAUGGGUGUCAAUAGAGACGAGGGUUCAAUCUUUGUAGCUAACACGAUGCCUGAGAUCUUCAUGCGUGGCCCUCUACCCAAUAUUACUCGCGACGAAGCUUCCUUAUAUAUGAUCUUCUUCUUCCAGUACAUUUUACGUUCUGGCACCCGUGACAUACGAGAUCACUACUUUAAUAAACUGGACAAUAACGAUUACACAGGCGUAAGACAAGCGUUUAUUGACGCAAUCGGCGAUUACCUUCAGAUUUGUCCGACCGUCUAUUUCGGAGAACAUUUAGCCGACUUCGGGAACGAUGUCUACUUUUAUCUAUUCAACCACAGACCAAGCAAUUCCUACUGGGAUGAAUGGCUAGGUGUGGCACAUUUUGAUGAGAUCCAAUUUGCAUUCGGAAUGCCGCUUAGAUUUCCUGAUCAGUUUACUCCUGAAGAGAUUGAACUGUCGAAGAGGAUUAUGGACAUCUGGAUAACUUUCAGCAAGGAAGGUUCUCCACCGAUUGUAGGAAAUCGUCCAUGGCCACGUUAUAAAAGAAAGAAGCCGCUUUACAUGCAGAUUGACACGGGACCAUUGACAGAAGGACGAGGACCUCAUGAACAAAACUGUGCCUUUUUCAAAAAAUAUAUUCUCAGAUAGAUUAGGGUGUGCGCAACAGUGCAUCUAUGCCAACAAAGGUUGUACCCGAACAUGAUCUAUCUAGAAGAUAAUUUUGUAUGUCAUUUUGAUGUAUACGGCACAAAGACUGUGUUUAAAAUUCUUCCUAUUUAGAAAGCCAGCGAGAAUUUGAAGAAAGCAUGGCUUACCUUCGU